AUGACCUCUGCCUGGAUCAGCUUGAAGAAACCCCCUUUAUAUGGGAACGGUCAAAGCAGUUAUCGGAAUCUGCCAGAGGCCGAGCGUGCUAAUCUCGGCCUCAGUCUUGGAAGAGGGUUCAAAACAUUAGGUGGAUUGCAAAUCAUGCAGAUAAAUGAGGCAUUGACAAUUAUUCUUAGGGUAGGUUUAUGUCAGUCAUACACGCUGCAGAGGAAUUCCGAAACUGUAUUUGAAGAGAGCCUUCCCGUGGACUCUACAGCUGCGCGAGUAUUUUAUCUUUGGGUGGCAUUCAAGGAAUCCUACUCCGAUAACGUUCUACCCGGCCCCGCGCUUCUCACGGAGGAAGAGCUCGGUGAGCUUGCUCAGCGCAUUGGGGAAGAUCUGGACAUAUUACGGUCAUUGGAUGAAGAUCAAAUGAAAGAUGUUCUCAAUAGGAUCUACAAGGCGAGAUAUUUGCACGAUUAUACUAUAUUGCCAGCUAUUGAUUUUGUGAACAUCGAUCUCGACGCUCCUAUCACCGGUUCUAACGACUCUGCCAACGCUGCCAACGAGCACCCAACACCGGUAAAUUUCGACGACUUCCUUAUAUCAGACGGACCCGAGACGGAAGCGGGAAACCGAGAUAUAUUAGGGAUACCGAACAAUACUACGCAUACUGAAAAUACCCCUGAAGUCGCUGAAAGUGAGAGGGUUAUGAGUUUCGAGACAUCCUCUACGGAAAUUAACGCAGUCUCUUGCUAUCCUACCCCCUCUAGCGAUGGCCUUGACUCUCCCCGACCGCAGAAAAUGCCUACACGCUCUGAUUUUCCGCGGACCUCCGAUCACAGGCGAGUAAAUGGUAGGAAUAUCCAAAGGCAAAGGAAGAAAGCCGGAGCAAGGAUAAAGUUGGAUCCGAUUGCUAAAGCCCUAUUGAAGGGUUACAACUCCGAGCUUAAUGACGAAGCUAUUAGAAAAGUCCUUACAGCGGAAGCUUGUUUUCUCCCCCCAAAUCUUCAGACAUUAAGAUCUCUUUCAGAUCAAUGGCAUAACAAUGUGUCGCAGGGCCGGCAUGCACUUGGCCUUCCCACGGAGUGGGUAGGCAUACAGGCGGCAUGGAACUAUGUGAAAGAGCUGGAAGCCAAAACUCUUGAUCCUGUGGCGGAGAAUGUUGCAUAUCUUCUGUUCCAUUUCAACUACAAAGAGCUCUGCAAGCGCCCCAAGAAAUAUUGUCCCCGUCCUCCCAACACGCACGAGAGGUCCACAACCCAUGUCCUUAACUGCAUCAUCGAGGCGGCAUACCCUGAUGACGGUUUCCGAGGGUUAGAAGGUGAACAACUUCGCAGACAGUUAGGUUAUAUCAUUCGAAAGGGCCAGUGGUGUUGGCAAGUCGUGGCGAGCCUAGGUUCUGGGGUAUUGCUCAGAGGCGAAUGGUUGGAUAAGAUGUAUAAUGAAACAUUCUCGGCUGCAUGCGUAGAUGCGCUUGUCACUUAUAUUUCAAAUGUUCGCCCGGGGACUACUCGCCUGUUUCGCUCGUUGGAGCCAACCAUGAAAACCCUCAUGUUUGGGCGCCUUCCCGAUUUCAUUAAAGUCUUUCGAACUAGUGGAAAUGACCUUCAAGAUCAGCUCUGUACAGCAUCUACUGAGGAUGAGAAAGCUUGGGCGACCCAAGUAACGGAGAGUAGAUGGGACCAAAUUAACGCCAGACAGAUUGCAAAGGAGAGAAUCUCUGACUUUUCCUACCUAACCCAGAGGUCUGUUUUGUCAUGA